AUGUCCGCCUCAGGCUCCUCAACUACCGCAUCACCACCUGUACCGGCAGUAGCGGCCCGGCUCAAGGCAAAGAAGCGGAUGAUGACCCUCGUCAAUCCAGCUGACCCAGAGGACUUCUCCACCGACUCGAUGGUACCUUAUUCAUCACCUGAGAAGCAUGAGCGUGGGAGCAGGGAGACCACCCCAGCUGUCUCUGUACCGGUCAUACAACAUACUCCGCUGGCGGUUCCCGAUUUCGGUGUCAAGGGGAUCCUCCGGCCGGCUGGGACUCCAGGAUCCGGCAAUGGAGUCCGCUUCUUUCCCAAGAACCGGUUCCGCGUCAUCACGCCUCGCGAGGAACUCGGCGGACCGUCAACCCCUCAGAAGAAGCCCGUCGCCCCACCACCUCCCGCCUCGCCAUCUUUCUUCUCUCAACUCCUCUCUGUCGUACCCGCCAUGUCCCCUCGCCGAGCUCCGCCAGUCGAGCUCGCACCGCCUCCAGAAGCGGACGAAAGCUGGGAACGACCGGGAGAGGAGGGGGAGAUCUCCCUCGUCGCGAGCUCGGUUGUCUCUGCGGAACACUCCACUGUCCUCGGCGACGAAGAGGAAGGGGAUGACGGUGCGAGUCUGGAAGUCCCCUGGACUGGUCCCGCCGAGGUCCACUCGUCGCCCCUCUUCAUACCUAUUGAAGGGUGCUCGAAGGAUAUUUCGAUCCAGGAUAUCCACCCGCCCGAGAUCAGUAUGGACCGCUGGAAGGCGCGGAUGCAGGGGCAGGAGGACGUCUCCAACCUUCUCUCAACGAGUCUGCCGGGAUGUAGCGAGACGUCCUUCUCCAUCGGGAGCAUGGCGGGACCGUCGUUUCUUCCUCCUCGGCCGGCCUGCGCUAGUCCGCUACCUGCUACAGCGGCAGCGGAAGAUAUCAGCAGUGUAUCGUGGAUGAAGGCGGAGCAGUCGAGUAUGCUCAGCGUACAAGAAGAAGAGGACAACCCGACUAUCCGGCGGCGGCUCUCACCCAUACCUUCUCCGGGUCAACAACCGACCUCCAAAUCCCCCUCGCCGACCAAGCCCGGACUCGGUCUGGUGGUCGAUCGACAACGCUCACCGCCCCAUAUCGCCUCCCCGCGGCCCACUCGACAAGCCAAGGCAUUCACAUCCAUCUUUGCCGAUAUGUCAGCGGAGCAAGCCGAGCUGUCCUGGCCCCUCUCCCGAUCCACUUCCGGGGGGUCCAAGCUGGCCGGACUAGUCCUUCAGGCAGACGAGACUACCUUCCACUCCUUCCUACCCUCUUCUCCAGCUCCAGCAACUGUACCUCUCCCCUCCACAUCACCCACUUCCGAACCUCCGCGCCGAGUCCUGCCUGGUCUCACCCCCAAAUCGGCCCAGACACCCGGAAACGACACCGAGUUCUUUGAUGCCGCAUCCUCCUUCUUUGCCGGGACUCCCUGCCCCAUCAAACCUCUUUCCUCCGCCUCCACCUCUUUACCCUCCGGCACACUCACCUCACUUCGCCCCUCGGCAUACACCGGCGGCUCUCUCGGCCGACACGCACAUGUCUCCCUUGGCGUGCUCGCGAAUCCAACGAAAAACCUCUUUGAGGCUCAGCGGACACAUACGGCGGCUCUCAGCUCCGAGCUGGACAUGUAUCGCAAUCUUACGCACAAGCUCGGAAAGGAGGUGGAGGAGCGUGACAAGGCGUUGGCGGAGAUGAAUCUCCGACUCGUCGAAAGUGAGAUGCGGACCGCCGAGGCGGGUCAGUCGUCCAUUGAGGUACUCAGAAGCUCCAGGGCGGCAAUCGGGAAGAGGAAGUCAUUGAGUCCUUCACCAACGCCUUCGCCGCUGGCUGCGAAGUCUGUGCAGGCUGCGGCUGGGCGAGAGGCGCAGGCGGCGAGGGCAGAAGUAGAGGGAGAGGUCAGAGAUCUGGAGAUCAGGUUGCAGAAGGCCUUGGCGGAGAGUAGGGAGAUGAGGGAGGAGGCGGAACGGUCUCGUCGACAAGCGGAGGCAUGGGAGGGGGAGAAGGUGGAGAUGCUCCAGCUCGUUUCGGGAAUGGAGGAUCGAGAGCGGGAUAUGGAGGUGGCUAUGAGUCGACAGGAUGCGGAGCUCCGCGCGGAGCUGGAGGAGACGCAGAGGGACCUGGAAGCUACCAGGGAGGGGGCGGAGGCUGUGCAUGCUGAGCUGGAGUCGCUUAGGCGGGAACGAGAAGCGGAUGGGAAGGAAAUCGAGCGGUUGGGUCAGUCAGUGGAGAAAGCGAGGGAGGGACGUAGGAGGGAAGAUGGGCUGAGAGAUGAGCUCGAGCAGGCCAAGAGGGAGAUGGAGGAGCUGCAGGGAGAACGGGUGGAGAUGGAGCGGGAGCUGGAUGGGGAGAGGCGGGCGAAUGGGGAUAUGGAGGUUAUGGUACAUGAGUUGAAGAUCGCGCUGCAUCAAGCUCAAUCCGCCCUCGUCGAGGUAUCCACCACCGCACAGCGCGACCUCGACACCCUGGAGAAGGAGGCUUCCCGGCUCCGUGCAGAAUCAUCCAGUAAAGAUCUAGAACUCAUGAUCCUCCAACGGCGGAAGAAUGAGCUGAAGGAGGACCGGGAGAUGCUCAAUGUCGCUCUGGACAGUAAACAGCAAGAGGUAGAGCUGCUGAAACGCAAAUUGGCUCGGUUCAGUCAAGCUACCCCCCUCGGCGUCUCUCAACGUCCAAACCUCGAUAUCGGCGCCGGCAAGCACCACGCGGGCGUCCAGACACCCAUGCCCUCCACUCAGCACUUCAAGUUGCAUCCCACCACCGCCGCGCCAGCGACCGAGUACAACACCAAGCGGCGCUCCUCGGCUUCAUACGCUACUCCGCUUGCAGGCAAUGGGCGGGCUAUGCGUUCAGGAGCAAUGAUGCUCAUGGAGGAUCAGCGGACGAGUACGGUCGUCAAGGAGAGGGUGAUGCGGCGUGUGGCUAGCGGUAGCCAUGGACAGGGGGAGAAUGUGCCGGUAGCGCGAGAGACGCAUGAGAGGGAGAGGAGGAAUUCGAGGAGGGAAAGCGUGCUGGCGUGA